UACAAACUAUGAAAAAAUACAGUAUUAAUGUAUAAACAUGUGAGUUCCUUAAGAAACGUCUCGGUAUACCGUUUUGAAAGUGAUGGCAGCAAAAUUGAGAGAAACAGAGAGGCUAUGUUCUAUAUCUGCUUACCUAGAAAAUUUUCAUUACUUAUCACUUGUACACUAUUGACUAUAAUCUCUUCUACGUCAACACGAGUGUGCAAUAAGAGAGAGAUAAAAGAACCUUUUAUUUUCUCUCUCUUUCAUGUCAGUUCUGUUCUCACUAGUUCCACACAGGAAGGUAUAAAGCUUGCGCAGUCCAUAUAGACUAAGUCUAUGGAUUGACAUUACCAAAACAAUUAGAAUAAUCAUAAUAAGGAAAAUUUAAAUGUCACACAUAAUAUGUUUAUGUAAACAUUAAUUGCUGGAAUACGUUGGACAAGUGUAUGAGUUCUUUUCAAAAGAUUUAAAAAAAAAAAUAACGUUAAUUUAAAUAUUAAAUAUAACAUUAACUAUGGAUGAACAUAAUUUUAAAUCUCUUAAACUUGGAUUUAUUGGAGGUGGUAAUAUGGCAAGUGCUAUUGGAGCAGGUCUUAUAUCAAAAGAUAUUUUAGAUCCUAAGAAUGUUUGGGUGUCCAGUCGCACCGAAAAAACACUUACCGCUUGGAAAGAACUUGGAACUCAUAAUACGUUUAACAACGGAGAAGUUGUUAAAAACAGUGAUAUUGUAUUUUUAGCAGUUAAACCACAUAUGCUCGAUGAAGCUCUUAAUGGAGUUGCAAAAACGCUUAAAACAAAAAGUCACAAUAAAUUAUACGUGUCCGUACUUGCUGGAAUUUCGUUAGAUACUUUAGCAGAAAAACUCGUUGCAAUUGAUACACACCCUAGAAUUAUCAGAUGUAUGCCAAAUACGCCUAUGAUGAUUGGAGAAGGUAUCACAGUUUACUGUGGUAAAAACGCACUGGAGGAAGAUAUUAGAUUAAUAGGCACAUUAUUUUCAUUCAUCGGUAUUAGCCAGAAUGUCCCCGAAUCUCUGAUAAAUGCAAUUAGUGGUUUAUCAGGCUCUGGCCCUGCUUAUGCGUAUCUCAUUAUAGAAGCUAUGGCAGAUGGUGCUGUGAAAAUGGGAGUACCGAGAGCAAUGGCAACCAAAUUUGCUGCUCAAGUACUUGUAGGAGCUGGUAAAAUGGUAUUAGAAACAGAACGACAUCCAGGUCAAUUGAAAGAUGAAGUUUGUUCUGCUGGUGGAACUACUAUUACUGGAGUUCAUGCUAUGGAACGUGGUCAAGUUAGAGGAUCUAUGAUGAACGCUAUUGAAGCUGCUGUUAAUAAAGCCAAUGAAAUGACUGCAACAUUUAAAGAUUAAUCUGUUAUUAAAUCUAGAUUAUAGAAUUCUUCUUAAAUUAUUAUUUAUCACAUAAAUACAUCCAAUAUAGAGGGUAUAAAAUUAAAUAAGAAAAACAAUUAAAUAGGAGAAAGCAGUCCAACAACAGAAUAUCCUGAUCCCGUCAGUUGUGUAAAUAAACUAAAUAACAAUGUAAUUUAAAUCUAUUUAAUUGUUAAUGUGACAGCUCAUUCUAUAACCUCAAGUAAUCAAUUUUUUUCGCAGGUAAAAGUGACAAGGACUUCUUUGGCCGAGAAAUAUAAACAAAUUAAUGACGAAAGGAAUCAAGGCAUUGAAAAUUAAAACCAUCCUGCAAAAAACAUAGAUUGUACAACUGUCCACAUUGUCCUUAUUGAUGAAAGACAAAAUGGUCAAACAACAGCAUUUUCAUUGAAUCAAAAUUUCAUUUCUACACCAGAAUUAAACUUGCCAAAUAAAAAUUUUGAAUUUUCAAGAUUUACUGAUGCCGGUGAAAACAGUGAGAUUUUAACAUUAGUAGAAAUUCCUGCAGAAGAUGAAACAUUGCCAAAUAUCACAUGCAACCAAGGCGUUCAAACUGAUAUUAAAAAACUGACUAGUAAAAGGACUCAAGUUAAUCUACGUCAAAGUUCAGCAAUGGAUAAAUUUGAAGAGUCUAUCCAAAAAUAAUAUUAAAAAAUGUAAAUUUUAUUCAAGCUUGGAGUAUCAAGAAAUUGUAAUUUUAUACAAUUUUGUUAAUCCGGAAUAUAACAAUGUGUUAAAUGAAGUUGAUCAGCAGAAGAAAAGUAACAAUAGUCAUCAAAAAUUGACAUCAAUACAGCAAUUGAUUCUAGUACUUAUCCGGUUACGCGUUGGUACUUUAGUUGAAGAUUUAGCUUACAGGUUUGAAAUUUCUACAGCUCUAGUUUCUAAAACGAUUAAAUAUUGGAUACAAUACUUAUACGACCAAUUUACAUGCAAUUUAAAGCCGUUUAUGUUUCCAUCAAAGAAAAAACUUUCUGAAACUUUACUUAAAACUUUAAAAUUUUUAAAAAAUAUUAGAGUUAUUGUAGAUUGUACGGAAUUUCAAUGUCAGUCGCCAUUAAACUUUGAACAUCAAGGAAAUUUAUACUCUUCGUAAAAAGCUCGAAUUAGUUAUAAAGCACUAAUUGGAUGUACUUCUAAUGGAGAUGUAUGCUUUGUAUCAGAUUUAUUCGAAGGAAGUAUAUCAGAUCGUGAAAUAUUUAUUAAAUCAAAUAUUUGUGAUUUUCUAGAACCUAGAGAUUUAGUGUUAGCAGAUAGAGGAUUCACUGUUCAUAAUAUAGUUGAAUCGAAGCAAGCUUACUUAAAUAUACCACCAUUUUUAAAUGGUAGGGAAAGAUCACCUCAAGAAGAAAUGGAGACAAAACUGAUUGCAAAACAACGUAUCUACAUUGAGCAUGUUAUUGGAAGAAUUAAACAGUUUCGACUCCUUCAGAAAGUUCUACCUUUAAGUGUACGUUCACUGAUGUCUCAAAGUCUUUUUGUAUGUGCUUGCUUAGUUAAUUUCCAGUCACCGAUUGUUAUUGAUUAAAUAGUCUGUGCUUACUUGAGAAAAUAAUUUAAAACGGAAGACGUGAAAAUUGUGUUGAUUCAAUAAUAACCUGCUAAAAAAUUAAGAGUUUAUCUUACCAAUACCAAUUGUAAAUAAUGUACACUUCUCAGUUAACAUCAAUAUAUUUAUAUUUAAGUGUUUUAAAUUUUGUAUC